UAAGGAAACGAAACAAAACACCGAACCCUUCAAAAUUCAAGAGCUGAUUUUUAAGAAAAGAAGCAAUGGCAUUGAGAGGAGCUGUUGCCACAGCUUGUAACGUUGGAGGAAGACACAGAAACCCAUCUCUCCUAUCAAUUCCUCACUAUCUUAAACUCAAAUUCCAUUACCCUCCUUCACAUGCUCUCCAUAGAGUCACAGCUUUUCCAAUAUACCAACCCGGACUUAAAUAUCCAAUCCGCGCAAUAAGCAAGGCUACUGUGGAUCCCUUAACACCCAAGAAAGAAGAUGAAGAACAAUCUCCUCAGAAUUGGACAAUUAAAAUGUUAUAUGAUGGGGACUGCCCGCUUUGCAUGCGUGAGGUUAACAUGCUCAGGGAGAGGAAUAAGAACUAUGGUACGAUCAAAUUUGUUGAUAUAAGUUCUAAUGAAUACUCUCCAGAGGAAAAUCAAGGCCUAGACUACAAAUCUAAAUUUCCUGAAAAAUCCAGGUUAAAUCAUUUGGCUCUAUGCUUUGGCCAUGGGAAAGUAAAUGAUAACUUUGUAAAAUACUUAAUGGUAAUGGGAAGGAUUCAUGCCAUCCUCUCUGAUGGAACUGUAGUCACUAAUGUUGAAGCAUUUAGAAGACUAUAUGAACAAGUUGGUCUUGGUUGGGUUUAUGCCAUUACCAAAUAUGAACCUAUUGCAACAAUAACUGAUUCUAUAUAUGGUGUUUGGGCUAAAUAUCGUCUUCAAAUCACAGGCCGGCCACCUUUAGAAGACAUUUUGGAAUUACGAAAGAAAAAUAAGGAUGAAGUAUGUAAUGACAAAAAUUCAUGUAAGAAGUGAACUUGCUUGAUAAUUGCAAGAAAUCAGAGCUUUCCAGGUUUGCUCUUCAUCUGCUUACAUAUAUGAUCUUAAAAAAGAGCUGUAUGUGAGCUCAUAGCCAGAACUUGUAACAAGAAAAAGAGGUGUGGCAAUUCAUAUGCUUUUUUCAAUUAAUUUUAGUCAUCAAAUAGUAUAGUGAUUUGAUGCUUUUGUAAUGCAUAAUGAUGUGACAAUUCACUUUUGUUGGAUGGGAAAUGGGGGAUAAUCAAGAAUCCCCACUUUAGAAUUAGUAAAUUAGAGCUUUUGCUUAUUUUAUUAAGCUAGUUUCCACUUUGAACUGCUAGUGGUUGAUAACUUGAUAUGGAUUAUUCUGAAAAGAUGAGUCUAGGGAGGUCUAGUCGUUCAUGGCAAUUAGUUUUUGUCUGUAUAUAAGGUUUGACAGUCUGAUUGAUUCUCAAACUUCACAAUUGAGUCACUCAAAGAAGUUUGUCAUAAUUUUAUGCUCUAAUUUUAGUUC